AUGGGCCCUCCCGUAUGCUCGCGCGGCCCGCGGCAGAUCACGCCUGUGACCCGCGCUUCUUCGGCCCCGAGGCUGCUGCCCGCCGCAGGGCGCACGUUGACGCGGCCUUCGAGCAUGGGCUGCGGAGCGCCGUGGGCGAGCGGCGCCGCGGGCCAGGCGUCCUCGGCCUCGGCGCCGAGCACGGCCGCGGCGAUGAGCCCGCGGCUUGCCGCGAUGCGGGGGCGGCCGAUCUCGACGCUGCAGACUUCGCAACCGGCUCGGCGCCCGGCCUGGCCACCGCCUUCGGCGACGACUCCAGCUCCAGCAGCGACGGCGCGGACAGCCAGGGCUGGGGCGGCGCAGCUGAGGGCGAAGGUGCAUGCCGCUCGCGAGCGGGCUGCUCUACGGCGGCAGCGUCGAGCCCGCGACCGCCAGGCCCGCCAUCGCAUCGGCCUUCGGGGCGAGCAGCAUGGGCUCGCGUUCUUGCAGCGCUUCAAGGUCCGGCGGCCAGCGCAGGCAAGCUACGACAAGGACGUCAGCGAGCUGCUCGACAAGUGGGGGAUCAGCGAUCUCCGCGCGAUGCCCGUGGCGAGGCUCGACAGGGGCCUGGCGGAGCACUUCGACGACCUCUACUUGUCGGGCUACCAGGCCGAGGCGGGGCCCCGCCUGCCGGCGGCCGUCUGCCACCGUUGCCCCAGGCUGGGCCGCGGAGGACUCGAUGUCCUCCACGAGGCGCGAGCGGCUAUGGCGGGCUUCAGGGCCCGCGCCCGCAGCCAGUCUCGGCUGCCGCUGGCCAAGCCCUGGGUGCCCGGCGUGAUCGGGCUCGCGAUCGUGGAGCGGGACUUCGAGUUCGCGCUGGCGCUGCUCCUCGCGCGGGACACCUGGGCGCGGCUCCCCAGCGACUUCGCUGCGCUGCUCACGACGUCGGUGGUGGGCCCAGGCCGCGGUCCGACGCGUCACUGGGGCUUUCUCCUCUACCCCGUGGAGGGCGGCUUUCUCUGCAAGAGCGCGGCAGCGCGGCCCACGACGAGGGGGCGCUGCUCCGGCACGCCUGCUGGGCGGAGGGGGCGGACCGCGCGCUGGCCCUGCAGCGGGCGACGAGGCCCCGCGGGGAGCGCCUGUUCAGCUUCAGCUCGAGCAGCUCCUCCCAGAGGUUCGCCAGCCAGUUAG